GGCAAGCGAAGUCUUGAUUGGCUAUCAAAAGUUGUUUACGUUAAGAAAUUACAGUUCGAAGCAGUUCGAAAGUUAACACGCCAGGCCAGUAGAAGUCAGCCAGAACCAGUCAACAUUGGGUUCUCCGUAUUUUUGCUUCAAGUCUAUCUCAAUCAGAUUUUAUAAUGGUGCGAUAUACUGCUCUCAACGGUUUGUACGAAUUAGAGAAAACAAUUGGCAGCGGUGGUUUUGCCAAAGUCAAACUCGCAACUCACGUUGCCACCGGCGAAAAAGUUGCUAUCAAAAUCAUGGAAAAAACAGCGUUGGGUGAAGAUUUACCAAGAAUAAAACUUGAAGUAGAAGCACUCAAGACACUACUUCAUCAACAUAUUUGUAGAUUAUAUCAAGUGAUAGAAACUGAAAGUCAUUAUUUUAUGAUAUUAGAAUAUUGUUCUGGUGGAGAAUUGUUUGAUCAUAUAGUGGAGAAAAACAGAUUAUCAGAAACUGAUUCUCGUAAGUUCUUCCGUCAGAUUGUUUCUGCUGUGGCAUACAUGCAUAGUUUGGGAUAUGCUCAUAGAGAUCUAAAACCUGAGAAUGUUCUGUUAGAUAAGGAAGAAAAUUUGAAAUUAAUUGACUUUGGUCUAUGCGCAAAACCUAAGAUGGGAAUGCAAGCACAUUUGUAUACAUCUUGUGGUUCUCCUACAUAUGCUGCACCAGAACUCAUAAUGGGAAAGAAAUACUUAGGAUCAGAAGUAGAUAUUUGGAGCAUGGGAGUUCUUCUUUAUGCUUUAUUAUGUGGGUUUUUGCCUUUUGAUGACAAUAAGUUAGAAAAUUUGUAUAAAAAGAUACUUAGUGGCAAAUAUGAAGAACCAAAUUGGUUGUCAAAUGACAGUAAAAAAUUAAUCAAAUCAAUGUUACAAAUUGACCCGGCAAAGAGAAUUACUAUUCACGAAUUGACAUAUCACCCAUGGAUUACGGCACAUUCUAUGAAGCCUGUAUCGUUUGUUCAACAAACAAAAUUUGAAAAGGAUGAAGAAGUAUUGAGUACAAUGUCUGCCAUUUGUGGCGAAAAUAGCGCAGACAUAUGGAACAAGCUUGUACGUAGUGAUAGAACUGAUUAUAAAACAGCUACGUAUUUGUUGUUGCUAGACAGAAAGUUGCGUGGACUUUCGUUGAAAGUAGCAACUGCAACAAGAUCUUAUAUUAAGCAAGAAAUGAAUGGCGCGAAUGUUCCACGUGAAAUAGUGAUCAACAACUUUAUAACUAAACUCGAUAAUUCUCCAAGAAGUCGAAAAAAUAAUGCGCGGUCUUCAGUAAAUGAUGUUACUUACAAUGUUUUGCCCAAAGAGAAUGAUAAAAAUAACUUUACAGAACCAUAUGUACCGGCACGAAAAAGAUUACGAAGCAAGGAACUCGAUGAUGUGACAUCACCUGUUCCAGCAAAACGACAGCCUGAAAAUAGAACAGUUAAUACUCCAACACAAUCGUUAACACCGGAUUCUAGAGCUCCACAAGCAUCUACACCAGGUAGUGCAAGAAAAGUUAUGUUGGGAUUAGAACGAGGAUUGAAUCGCGUACGACACGUUCUCACACCGAAAAGACGAUUAAAAAACGAAAAUACGGAUCCUGAUGAACCAAAUAUAUUGUCGGGAAAGGGUCUUUCUAACGUGUCUGCGACAUGUAGCGGCUGCCCGAAGUAUGUCCUUUCGAAACUACGACGAGCACUUCGGCGAAAGGGUAUAAUGUGCCGUCAAAAAGGAUUUAUUCUGCAAGGAGAAACUGAAGAGUUCUUUUCGGAAGUUAAGAAAGAUCCGUUGAAGCCGAUUUCUUCUCAAAAUUCUUGUUCCUUCGAACUGGAAGUUUGUCUCUUGGAAAUCAGUCCAAACGAUAAACGACUAGUCGGCAUUCGUCGGAAACGACUAAAAGGCGACGCAUGGGUAUAUAAGCGCGUUUGCGAAGAAAUUCUCGCUUUAACAGCUGAAGAUAUUUCUACAGAUCCAGAGGGUUCCUCUGAAUCCAAAUGUCCUAUCUGAAUCUUAUAGUUAAAAUGUGUGUGUAAAUUUCUCACCGUUUAUUCUUAAUUUGAUUGUGAGAAAACUUAGACAACAUACAUGUAAAUGUUUAACAAUGUCUCAAAAACAGCUAAAAAUUAUUUGAUAUUUUUAUACGCUUUUGAGAAUUUGUUUAAACAAACGUAUAUUAUUUUCUCACAUGAAUGAGUCGUAUAAAAAGUUUUUGCAGGCUCUUUUCUACAUGGAAGAAAAUCAGUACCAUCACAUGACACUGGAACGGUUAAUACAGAUGUUAAUAAGAUUUCUGUUUCAUUUAAGAAAAAACCGAUUAUAUGUAUGUGCAACGAGUAGUUAUAGAUUUUAUAAUGAGAGGAUAUAUAUCAUGCAAUUUUUAAAUAUACCUACUCAAAUGUAUAAUUAGUAAAAAGUUAAAUAUUGUAUAACUAGUAUA